CUGGCUCUCAGUAGUGCAAAUGGAGUGAGGAUGGUCGUGUGUCGGGGGACGGCCGCUCGUGGAAUUGACGCAGCAAAAUGGGCGACCGAGCCAGGGGCCUCACCAUCGACGGCGUGCGGCUCAUCAAGGACCUCAAGGUGGUCGAGCUCAAGGCCGAGCUAGAGCGCCGAGGCCUAUCCAAGUCGGGCAGCAAGAAGGAACUGGUGGAACGUUUACGGAGUAGUGUACAAUUUGAGAACACAAAGUCCAAGGCAACAGCUGCUAUAAGUGAGGAGGAAGUUCCCAAUAGAUGGUUGCAAAAUGAAGCCAACUUAGACAACGACUUUAUCCGCGAAUAUUUUCAGUCCCAGCAGGCCCUCUACAGGCAGCAAAUUGAAGCUAGAAGACAGUAUAGAGAAACCAGUGGAGAAGGGGCAGCGCCAUCAACUCCAACAGCGGCUCUGCCCUCAGUCCAACAGGCGGCUCUUGGGGGCUCUCAGCAACCAGGCAAAGCCACUCCCUCAUCCCACAGCACCCCUCCAGCGACUUCAUCAACAGCAGCAGCUGGAGGAGGAGGAACAGCCAGUGUUGGCCGAGUGCACAUACAUCCUGUGAGCAAAACUACUCCAGAUUUAACUGCGAAAGCAAGCUCAGGUCCUGCUCACAAGCCAUCCCCAAGUCCCUCUGUCAGAACCUCCUUAGCUGCUGGCGUAACCUCACUGUCAUCCGGCGGACAAGCACCAGCGGCUAAAGAGGGAGCUGCAAAGGCAUAUGCAAACACAGUGGUUGGCACUGCACCCCGUAUAACUAGUGGUGAAACCUCGGUACCUUUGACCACUCGAACACCACCUAGAGAAAAGCCACAGACUCAACUUACCAUUAAGGUUAAAUUAAAGAAUGAUGCAACAGCAGUAACCACCCCACAAACACCCUCAACAUCAUCAAGUUCCAGUAGACCUAGUAGAAGUUCAGCACGUGCUGCUCGAGAGCUCAGUAGAGUCUCACUCGAAGACUCAGAGGAGGAGGAUGACUCUGAGGGAAGGGAGGAGCGUCAGCCACCUGUGAGGCGUUCCAGGAAGCGCUCAGCGCGGCACUCGCAGACCCCAGAGGAUCCUGACUUCGUUGCAGCUGGCACCAGCCACCUGAGCAGUCCCCCGAGCAGUGAUCUCAAAGACAGAGUGCCGUCUCUUAGGAUUAAGUUACCUGAACCUGUGCCUAAUGUGAAUUUAAGUGUUUCAACAACAGUUGAUGAAAAACCAAAGAAAAGAAUAGAGAGUGUAUCUAUUAAUAGGAAAGAACCUAAUAGUUUAUUGGAUGCAAAGUGCAGACGCCCUGUUCAUAGCAUUAGGAAGCACGUGAAUGACCCUCCACAAGACAUUGAAGGCUCGCUCAACAGAGAGACCUUAGUACCUGAUGUAAGUGUUAGAUCCACCGGUGAUAAUCUGAAAAAUCCAUGUCUUCAGGAAGGACCGAAACCCCCAGGGAAAAGCGGAGGCAGUGUUGGUGAUUCCAAGAACUUGAAAGAUACAUCGGUCAAACCUGAUUCUCCUGUGCCAUUAGACUGGUUGAAAAGAUCGCUAAGGACUAACCCUAAAAAACACGAACCCAGUGAGGCCGGUGCAAAUUCACAGGGACCAGACUAUGCAAGUUUACAACCAACGGUUUCGCUGAGACGUAUAGAGGCUGUACCCAGCACUGAGAGACAAAUUGCCAAAGAUGAACCAGUAGUGAGUCCUGUUAGCUUGAGUUGGAAAAGCCCAAGUGCUAGUGAAAGUCAAGAACCAGAAAGAAAAGCAGAAAGAGAAAGUUCUACGAAGAGAGAGAAUGCGAGAAAUCAGUUGGAAAGCAAAUCUGGAAAUAAACUAAGUGCAGAGGAAAGACUAGAGGCUUACAGUUCCAUAACUGUAUCAAAAGUCGAUACUCUAAAAAGAAAAGAACCGAGUGAUUUGAAUACCAGUAAAGGAGUAGAGUCGUCAACAUUAAGAACACUCCUUACAGGUGAAAAUAAAGAUAUUGUUAUUGUAGCAAACAAAAACAAAUCUGCAGCUGUUGAUGCACAAGACCAGCCUGACCAGAAGCAUUUGCCCAGUUUGAAAAGUCCUCAACAGAGAUCCAAAAGCACAGAAGACCUAGGUGUUAGUGCAUUAAGUUUGGUAAUAGUGCCCCCAGCAGAGAGUUUGUCCAGCACCAAACAGAGUGUAGGAAGAACCGUUGGGGAAACUCAAGUUAAAACUGUGAUAUAUGAGUCCAGUGAUCCAGAAUGGAAAACUGAUAGUACAAAGCCACAUUCUGAUUGCAAAUUCUCAAAAGAAACUGCCGAAAAGAAGGAACCUGACAAACACAGUCAGGUUGCUCAAGACGUCACCCAAGGGCCAAAUGUUAAAAGGGACCCCAGCGUUGUAGAGGAAAACUCAAAACCAGGGCUUGAAUGCAGCACUUCAGGUGGAACAACAGUUGCAUCUGGACACAAGGCAGCUAGUCUACCAACUGGUCCACUCAAAACAAAGAUCUGGGAAAAGUUGCUGACAACAGCACAGAAGAAAGACGUUUCCAAAGACACCCCAAAAGACUCGACCAAAAAGGAGGAAAAAGAGGAAACUUCUCUUCAGGUUCAGCAGACUGACCAGCACAUAAAAACAGAAACUGAUGUAAAGAAAGAAUUUGACAAAGAUCAACAGACAACAGAUGAGACUUGCUCUAGCCAAGGAACUGAAAGCUUUGAUAAGUCAGCUGAACAUCACGCUCAAGCCACAGAUGUGAAGACAGCUGUGAUAACCAACACCCAGAUAACUGAAGCUGUGCACAAACCUGGUGAGUUGCUAGAGAAGAGCACCAGAAAACCAAGUCUCAAGAGUGAGAAAGGAGAUGCUGCCCAAGAAACCAGCACAAAGGAAGAACUGAAAGAAAGUUCAUUAUCUGGAACUCAGCAGGUGCCCCAGAAGGAUACCCUUACUUCAGGAACCAAAAGGGAAGUAGUUCCUGAAACCCCAAAAGCCCCUGUAGUAAAUACACUUGGCAAACCAGCACCUGUUACAAAAGCAAAAUUGAUUCCAAAUUUAAAAACAUCUGUUACGGUUUCAACUGCAAGUGAAACUCCGGCCUCUACAAGUUGGAGAAAGGAAACGGUUUUUAAGAUAGAGGAGACCGAACCAGUUUCAGAAGAGGAAGGCAAGGCAGGUGCCCCAUCUAAACAGGAAAAAUUAGGGGAAGCCAGUAAGGAACCUAAAAACAAAAGCACAGAUAUCCAGAUCCAUAGAAAAGAAACUGUUGAACCGGUUACUGACAAGCCUCUCAAGGAAGAGCAGACUCUUCCAGAUUCAUCAGAUUCAGAUAAAAGAGAGCAGUCUGAUAAAGGUCAGACAAGCAAGAGCAAAUGGAAUAAAGCCUCCAAAGAAAGUCCAUCUGAACAGGAACCAGACACAGAGAAGAAGCCAGACUUAGAAUCACAACCAGAUCCCACAGCAACAACAGUUGCAGGAAAGUUGCUGCCUCCAGUUGCAAACAGAUCACAGGCUGAUAGCAAGAAUAGGUUACAACCUGAGCCUAAAGUUGAACCUCCAGAAAAGAUAACCAGCGUUGAGUCAACCAAGGAAGACAGAGGAAAGUUUGCCUCUUGCCCAGCAGAUAAAAAGGAUCAGCAGGUUAACCCAUCUGUAGAGAGCAAGGAACAAAUUGACCCUGAGCCUUGCAAGGAAUCUGAUGUGUCCCAGGAACUAAGUUUUGUAAAAGUAGGAAAACUUGAAAGGCCACUGCCUACAGAUACAAGCUUAAAAGAAACUAAAGAAGCAGAGAAAAAGGCAGAAAAUCAACCAUCUGGCCACAACCUAAACAAAAUAAAUGCCUCAAGCAGUGAGAGAUCGCAGAUAGUGACUAGUACGGAAGGAAGGAUUAAUGAAAUACCAGUUUCCAGCCAACACAGAUUUUUAACAUUUGAAACUUCUAAGAAAGAAGGAACUGAUUUGAGAGAGCUAGCAAGUGUUGAGAAAGAUCACACACACCAAGGUACGACUGUAAGUCCAAGAAGUCUAUCUGUUACAAGCCAAAUAACUGAGUGUAAAGAAGAUCCAACUACAGCCAGUAAAGUAACAUCUUGUGAAGAAGAGUCAGCUACAAAAGUCAAAGUAGAGGAUAGGAAAAACGAACCAGUCUCAACUUCAGAUCGCACACAUACUAAGAGUGAACACUUGAACAAAGUUUCAGGUGAGAAAGAUCCUCCUGUUUCCAGUGAAUUAAAGACUUCUGAAAACACUACAGUUUCCUCAAGCAAAGAUACACUCCCUAAGAGAGAAGAACCAGUCCCAGCAGAUAAAAGUGAUUCACAUCUCGAGAGCAAAGUAAUAAACAGCAAGGAAGAACCAACGCUAUCAAGCAAACUUUCAGCAAUCAAAGCUGCAAGUAGUGAAGAUCCAUCAUCUGUAAUAGAAGUUGCAUCUUGUGUGACAGAUUUCACUACUGAAAAGCCAAAAAGUGAGAAGAAAACAGCCCUCACUUCAGAAGAUUCUGUUAAGAAAGACCCAACUGCUAGUGAGAAAGAAUCGCCUCUGACAGGUAACGCUUCCAGCAGGGAAAAACAACCAGAAGUCUCAUCAGGCAUUUCCAAAUUCAAGGAAAAAACAUCUCUCACAGCAGAAGUUACUGAUCUAGAAGAAAAACCUGUUAUUUCCACUAGUGUAGGAAAAUCUGUUACAACAGAGGUUCAAAGUCAAGUGGAAAAAACAUCGGUCUUUUCAGAAGUUUCUGCUGAAAAGAAAGGGCUUGCUGUCACAGGUGAACUCCAAAUCUGUAAAAAAGAAGCACCAGUUAUAUCAGGUCUUAGUAGUGAGAGAAAACCAUCAGUGACAUCUGAACUCUCCAGUACUCAACCAACUCCUCCAGGUAAAGUUCUCAGUCAGGAUAAGAAGAUUGUCACGUGUGAAGUUUCAAGUAAUCGGAGAGAAUUACUCCCCACACCUGACAUUUCUAGUGGUGAAAAAGGAAUCACAUCAGACGUUCCUAAGAGUGAGAAAGAGCCAUCUGUAUCUUCUAAAGCUACACCAGUAUUUCUCACUAGAAAAGAAGAACCAAUACAGACGCCUGAAGUUCCCAGUGGUGAGAGAAAACCAUCUGAAACCUUUAAAACUUCAAGUAACAAGGAAGAACCUGCUGAUACACUUGAACUUCCCAGUAAUGAGAAAGAACUAAUUAGAACUAAAGCUCCAAGUAAUGAGAAGGAAUUAACUGUAACAAGUGAAGCUCCCAUUAGUAAGCAAGAAUUAGCUACAAAAUCUAAAGCAGACUCGGGUGAGAAAGAACCAUCUGUAAAAUUGCAAGACUCCCCAAGUGAGAAAGAACCAGCUGUAAAAUCUGAAGCCUCUACUAGUGAAAGAGAACCAGCUGUACAACUGCAAGACUCCUCAAGUAAGAAAGAACCAGUUGUAGAAUUGAAAGCUGCCACUAGUGAGAAAGAACCAUCAGUAAAAUCUGAAGUCUCCACCAGUGAGAAAGAACAAGUUGUAGAACUCCAGAAAUCCCCAAGAGAAAAAGAAACAACUGUAGAAUUAGAAGCCGUCUCUAGUAAGAAAGAACCACCGUUAAAAUCCGAAGCCUCUACGAGUGAGAAACAGUCAGCUGUACAAGCACAAGAAUCCUCAAGUGAGAAAGGACCAACAUUAGGAUCAAAAGCUGCCACUAGUGAGAAAGAACCAUCAAUAAAAUCUGAGGCCUCAGCUAGUGAGGAAGAACCAUCCAUCAAACCAGAAGACUCCCUAAGUGAGAAAGAACCAGCUGUAGGAUCAAAAGCUGCCACUAGUAAGAAGGAACCUGUGACUAAGAAAGAACCAAGUGUCACAUCAGAAGUUCCCAGUAGUGAGAAGGAACCACAGUCAGCAAUCACAUCUGAGAACGCUCCUAAAGAACUUCCUUCUGGUAAGAAAGAACCAACUGCAACUUGCAAAACAUUCAACGCUAAGGAAGAAUCAGUUGAAGAUUGUAAAAAGAAAGAGCAAACCGUAACUGACCUACUAAGUAGUGAGAAAGAUUUGGCUGAAACAACUGAAGCUCCCAUAAGUGAGCAAGAACCAGCUGUGAAAUUAGAAGCUUCAGAAAAACAGAAAGAAUCAGCUUUAGAAUCAAAAGCUUCUGAUAGUGAAAAAGAACCAGUGACUAAGAGAGAAGCUACUGUCACAUCAAAAGUUCCCGGUAGUAAGAAGGAGCCACUUCCUGUGAGGACAAGUGAGAACACUCAGAAAGAAUCAGAGGUCACAGGUGGAGUUGCAAUCUGUCCACCUCCAGACUCUCAAAUUAGUUUCACAGAGGCCAAAGCAUCUAGCAGUGUUUUUGGUGUAAAGGCUGAAAGUGCAAAGGAAUCAGAAGAACCAAAGGAACCACAAAAGGUUCCAGGAGCACAGACAGACCUUGCAAAACCCAGUGUUGAGAAAGUCAUACCUGAGAAAGUUUGUUCUGAGAGUGGUGCUGAACCAGAAGGAAACAGUCAAACUGCUUCAGAAGGUUUGCCCCUCCCACCUGUCCCUUGCUAUUUGAACCAGUCUUUUAAAGCUCCAGUAAACGAGACCAAGUCUUUUUUAGAAGCACAGGUUUCAGGUGAUUCCAUACAGUCUGACUUGCAAGAUAGAACUUCAGAUUACCUCAAACCUGUAUCAAGUAAGCAAGGAGUAUCAUCACAAGAGGAAGGUUCAUCUGUUGUGGCUGUAGAUAAUCAUAAAGAAAAGGAAUCAAAAGAAGACCCUGUAGAGUGUCACAAAGAGCUCUCUAUCAAAGUAGGCCUAUCAUCGCAAGACCUGAAAACUUUAAAUAACCUCAAAGAUCCUUACACAGAAUCAAAGGUUCCAAAUUGCCAGAGAGUCCUAUCCUCCAGCCAGGGAAAUUUAUUUUGUGGUAUUGAGAAGUUAAAAGUCCAAGAAACAACACUUGGCAAGUCUACAGCUAGGCAAGGUAAGCAACAGAUUUCAGCAGUAGAUUUACUCGCUUCAAAGUCAGCUGACAAACAGCAAGCUGAAUCUGUUUCAUGGCAAGGAAGUGCUAAGGAGGAUUCUCCCAAAAAUACCAAGGCAUCCAAAGCAUUAGAAUCAAAACUUUCUAAGGAAAUAACCUGUGUGAAAGAAGACUUCUCUAAAAAGGAAUCAAGUGUAGAAGAGGGCCUAAAGUCUGUUACUGAUAGGAGCCCAGAAAUCGAACUUGGAAGUAGCACUGUCUGUAUUUCAAAGCAAAAAGAGUGUAAAGAAGAUAAAUUAGAAAAAAGAGAUACUCCUGUGUUGAAACCAAGUCCAGUAGAGAAAGACUCUCUCAAUUUCUUUGAGGAUAUUACAAUUCAAGAGAGUUCAUUAUUAUCUAAGAAGAGAGAAUCACAUCAGGAGGACAAACCUGACAAUUCAGUUACAGAAAAGGAAGUAUUAUCUUUGAAGAGUGAAAGUGCUGAUUCCAGUUCCUCAGAAAAGAGUGAAGCCACUUUGACUCAAGAGAAAGACCGUAGUGAGUCAAAAGACAAAAAGUCACUUGAUUCUGAAAUCCAAAAUCCUGUUGUAGAAGAACAAUCAAAGGCUGUACCUGCUGAGCAACAGAACCAAUUUGAAAGUAGAUUAUUAAAAGUCUUUCCUGAAACAUCGAAACAGAAGGAUCAAGAUAUUCACAAAUCUUCCCUCAAAGUUUCCACAACUCUUGGUAAAGUCAGAAAACUCGAGAGUGAUUCAGUAUCAUCACAUCCUCCAGAUCUUCGGAAGGAUAAAAGUUAUCCAAAUACGAAAGAUAAACUUCAAGAACGAGAGCAGGUUGGUAAUCCCUUGGAAUUAAAUACUGAUACAAGUGCAGAUAAUCUACAUUUAUCUAAAAGUACAGUGUAUGAUCAGAAAGACUGUAACUGUUCUCUCAGUUUCGUUAAGAACCUAACUGAAAGUAUCACAAAGGAGUUAGACACUCCAUUGAAUGAUAUAGCAACUGCUGAGGCUAAAUCUUUGAGUGUAUCAGCAGCACCAUCUUAUCAGACUGAUUGUACAAGUGGAAACUCUCCCAGCGUUCCCAUAUCAGAACCAAAUCCCUUUGUCAAGAGGACAGAUACGCCGGAGUGUGUUGUUAACUCGCGUGCACUAGAUAAGGAAGGGCGCUUGACUUCAAAAGAUACUUUGUCAUCUGGUGUUCCAUAUCCAGCAUCAAACCCAGCCUCUGAAGAUCCUAAGAAACAAAAGGAUCUUGUGGAAAGGGAUGAGGCAACUCCUGCAGAUUUAGUAAGGAGUAGGAUCAGUGAACAAGUUGAGGAAACUGACCCGGAAUCCGAAGAGGAGACAUCGGGAACCGGAAGUGAUUCGGACUCUUCAGCGUCAGAUAGUGAGAAGAUGGCUCGCAGAAGAAAGACAGAGGCCACAGCCGAGGCGGAGCUGGAGACGAGCUCCCGCAGCUCGAGGAGAAGCAAGAGGGUGAGUGAGGCAGCGGCGGCCGCAGCUGAAGAGAACAGCACCGACAGCCCACUGGAGGCGGAAGAAACGCAGCGGGUGUCACAAAGCAGCUCUCGAAGCCUGAGCAAGAAGGACAGCAGUAAUGGUGACGUGCAGGAGGAGGAGACUACUAGAGUAAGCCGUUCCCGACGCAGCUCCAGGAGCAGAAGCGUGGACAAGGACAAGGUGGCUGAAAGUGAAGGAGCAAAAACCAGAGGCCGGCAUGCGCGAGGUGAGAGCACAGAGCAGGAGGAGCAAGAAGAGCAGGAGCAGGCAGUGGCCACAACUAGGAGGAGGAGGAAAAGCGGCAGCGUAGAGAAGGAGGCUCCCAAGACCCCCCUGAGGAGGUCGCGCCGCAUGUCACGAGGCGGAAGCACAGAACCAGAGGAGGUGGAAGAUCCACCCGAGGCAAAAUUGGUCGAUGGCGCGCCCAAGAAAUUGGAAGACAUCCAGGAGUUGAAUGAGAGCUGUAGUGAGACACCAAAAAAAUCAGCUGAGGCCAAGGAGCCAUGCGAGAAUUCAAGGGUGGAGUCACCAGUGAAGGAAGAAAAUGAAAUUUCCACCAAGGAUGGUCUAGGUAAGACUCCGAACACUGCAAAGCCCAAAAGAGACUCAAAGGAGAAGGAAGAAGGUGCUGAGGCAUCAGAGAAAAAUGAUGCCAAUACUAAAGAGACAGAAGAAGCUCCUGCAGAGGAAUCUCCCAAGAAGUCACAAGAUGACUCCCCCAAUAAACCACGUGAGAAAUCACCAAGGAAACACAGAGAAGAAUCAACCAGCAAAGACAGAGACGAGAGCUCGGAUGAAGAAGCGACAGGGGAAGGCCCAUCACCCCAGGAAAGAAGUUUGAGAGAGUCAGAGGAACACAACAGGAAGAGAAACCUCAGUGGUAGGAGUGGUAAUGAGGAGGAAGAAGCUGAAGAGGACGGCAAAAAUUCCUCGAACGAUAAGAAGGAAAGCUCAAUGUCUCGGCCGCGACUGCAGAGGAAUGAGGUAAAAAUGCUGGAGGUAAAGGCUGAUCAACCAGAGAAGAGCCGCAAGGACAGGUCGCGCUCCAGCAGCAGAUCCUCUAACAGCCCCUCAAGAUCACCCUCACCAAAGAAGGCCAAGCAGGAACAGACCAAGCUCAACAGCCGCAGAGACUCGGCGAGUGGAGACGAGAGGGAUGACAGAAGACGCAGCACCGACAAACGGCGAGACUCCUCAAGCAGGAGCAGACGCGAUUCUGAGACUUCCAAGGAUGCAUCGAGACCAAAGCUCAACAGGAACGAGGUGAAGGCUCCAGAGGCAAAGGCGGGCAAGAUGGAGAGGAAGAGCAGGAAAGAUCGCUCGCCCUCAGAAAGCAGGUCAUCCAGCGAUUCUUCCCGGUCCCCUGCCCACAAGAAGCACAAGAAGCGUUCCUCUUCAUCCUCUUCCUCAAGUUCCUCGAGCAACUCCUCCCGCUCGAGAUCAGGCUCUGGCCACCGCAAGCGGUUUGGCAGCGCAAGCAAGAAGAAGCCAGAAGCUGAUUCGUCAAGGUCUUCCCCGAGCAAGAGGCAAUUCCUUGCUUCCCCCGACCGUUCCAGAGCAAAGGAUAAUGGCGAAGAGUCCAAGGGACGACAUGUGCCUGCGGUGCCGGAGAAGAGGAGUCGCCAUUCACGCUCUCGGUCAAGAUCUCCCAAAAGCAAGACCCAUAAGCAAGAUGGAAACUCCUAUGAAUCCAAAAAGGACAGCAAAUCAUGGUCUGACAGCAGAAAGGACAGCCAAAACUCUGACAGAAGACAACAAGAGGAGGAGGAGAAGGAGAACAAGGAAACAAAGCCUAUGAUAGAUUAUUCUUCUUUCAAGUCAGUGAGGAAAGUAAGCUUAUCUCGAGGGAAGUCAAGGGAUGAAGAAGCUGAAAAAGACACAGACAAGCCCAAGAAGAGGAAGUGGGGUAAUUCAUCCUCAAGGAAAAUGUCCGUGGAUAUUUCCUCAGCUUCCCUUAAGACCAUUAUCCCUGAUGUGAAGCCCCUCCUGCCCUCGGAACUGCACAUGGGUGAAGACUCAGAACCCGAGUCAGGAGAGGCAAGUGACGCCGAGGGACCUGAACCACCCCCCAGCCUGGGUCAGGAGGCCAAGGAAGAGCUAAUGGAAGAGGGCGAGGAGGCCAGACCCAGGCGUGAGGUGCGGGAGGUUUCCCCAGUGGCAGUCAAACAGAGAAAGCGAUCCAAGUCACCGGAGGAGAAAGCCAUGAGGAAGAUCAGGAUGUACGAAGGGCCUCCGGUUAGCAAGCCGGCCGUUCCCCCUGCACGAAACCCACCUUCCAGAGUAGUGUUCAUCCAGCACCUAGUCCGGCCCUUCACCAUCAACCAGCUGCGCGAGUUGCUGCAGAGAACUGGUCGAUUAGUAGAUAAUGGUUUCUGGAUUGACAACAUCAAGUCCAAGUGCUUGGCAAUGUAUGAAAAUGAGGAUCAAGCUCAAGAAACCCGUGUUGCUUUGCAUGGUGUUAAAUGGCCAAUGUCAAACCCAAAGAAUUUGUUUGUUGAUUUUUCCACUGAGGAGGAGAUGAAAAAGAGACUGGAGGAGAACGCCCCUCCUCCCCAGAAAGCCAUUGAAGAAAAACGAGAUGAUAAAUGGAAACGCGAAGGGCCAGUGCGUGAGUGGGACUUGGCGAAGAUAGGAGAGCGCUCGCCAGGGGAGAGGGAGCGGGAACGCGAGAGGCUGAGAAGAGAGAGGGAGGAGGAGAGAAUGAGAGAACGCCGCAAGAGCCAGAGUCCAAGCGGGGCUGAAGGUGAAAAACAGAAAAAGAAACCAGAGGAACCUCCUGCCAAGCUGCUGGAUGAUUUGUUCCGCAAAACCAAGGCACAGCCGGCUAUUUACUGGCUGCCGCUGACCACCGAACAGAUUGCAGAGAAGGAGGCACAGCGACGCCAGAAGAUGGCCGAGGUGGAGCGCCUUCAGGCAGAGAUGAAAGCAGCCAAGGAGAAGGAGAACGAAGAAUGGGAGAAAAUCCGAGCUGAGAGAAAGAAGGAGCGUGAGAAGGAACGCGAGAAGGAGAGGGAGCGGGAGAAAGAGCGCGAGAAGGAGAGAGAGCGUGAGAGAGAGAAGGAGAAGGAGAAGAACGCUCGCAAGUCCCGCUCAAGGUCAAGGUCCCGUAGGAGGAGCCGUUCCUCAAGGAGGUCACCGCGAAGGUCCCCGAGGAGGUCGCCCCGCAGGUCCCCCAGAAGGUCACCCAGACGUUCUCCCAAGAGGUCACCGAGAAGGUCAGCAGGGAAGUCUCCUCGAAGAUCACCGCAACGUUCCCGGCGGUCCGCCAGCAGGGAGUCGCGACGAUCUCGCCGGAGGAGCCGCAGCCGUUCAAGAUCCCGCACUUGAUUCCAUGAAGGCAUUGUGAUGAGGGGAGCUCACAACCAUGUGAAGGAAACAUGAAAGAGAGAAAGAGAGAGCUUGCAAAAACAUGUAAACGAAUCCAUAUGCAACAAGAGGAGGAGGAGGACAAGUUACCACUACAACUGAUUGCUGGGUCCUACCGGCCCACAUCUUCCUAGAAGCAGUACUGUACUAAAACAAAAGAGGCUUCAGCACACCAGCUCCGACGCACCAGUCCUCUACCACCUACAAGGUUAUUGUUACACAUGUGUGCUACCUCCCCCUCCUCACCUCAUGCCUCUCAUAUCCUUCUUGCAUCCUUCAAACUUUCAUCACUUCCCUCCCCCCACCACCACCUCAUCCCCCCUUUUCUGCAGGUUUUCACCACGCAGUGCUCUUCUGGUGUUAGGAUUAGGUUUAUUUAUGCUGUCCAAGGUUUGAUUGAGAGAUUCUGAAGUGAGUCAAGAAUAAGUAGAAGAAUGUCUAGAAGAUAUUCUGAUUUUUUUUAAGAGCCGACUUCUCUAAUUUUCUUUGUCUGUGUUUGCAAUGCAUUCACAUCAUUGCUUUGUACCAAAUGGUAAGUAUUUAAUUUCGUUCAUUUUGCCUUGAAUAGUCAUUAGAUUAGCUUAAGAGUAGGUGAAGCUUAUUUUUAUUUUAUUUACAUAUCAGAAGAGCAUUGGGUGGUAAGGGAAGUGUUGAAAGCGUUAUGGGUGACGAGAGAGCUCCUGCGCUGUGAGAUUCACCGAUGACUCGUCAGGGUACCAGCGGGAACUACGAUGAUCACCAGUACUGACCAGCGUUUGUCCUAUAGCUUCCUCAUGGAAUGCCGUUCGCAAAGCUGUACAGCUUUUCAAAAUGCCUCAAGAGGCCCAAAACGUAAGGGAAAGACAGUUGUUUCCAUCCCUCGACGACCAAAUUAAUAAUGGACCGUACCUGUGGGUACUCUAAAACAUGAAUUGACAAGUUGAAGUGUUUUAUCCCUCUUGCGGAUCACGAUGAAGAGACAACACAGCAGUGAUGAAAUCAAGGCUUGUGAAUGGCUUGAAGUGAAACGGUGAUAGUGAAUUGUUGAAGUGUGUCCGAGUUAUUUAAAGAUGCAGACAAAAAGUGAUAUAGAAAAUCUGGGUUUACCGACUUGUAUCAAUUAAUUAUUGCACUUGAUCAUGGGAGAACAUAUCCAAGCACCAAGUGCCUGGAACAAACAGUGAUGCAGUGCCGUGCAUUAGUGACUGACUGAAGGGUAAACAACCCUCUCCCCUCUGAUUGUAUGGAGUACAAAAAUUUUAGUGAUGUGUAAACCCAGGUCGAUAAGGAGAUGGACAUCUGUGGAGAAGCAUGAUGCUCUCCAGGUGUGUGAACCACAUAUAAAGUUAACACGUGCUGAUUUAUGUAGGUCUACGGAUAUAUACAUUACACAGAUAAAACUUUUCAGUUUAGAGUAUUUUGAUGUUACAUUUUCAAGUGAAUUUAUGCACUUUAGGUUUUUAUUGUUUGAGAGAGAUCUAAAGAUUUCUUCAGUUGUGAUGACUUGUGGAUGAUUGUUUAUAAUGGAAUAAAGUAACACCCUUA